AUGCAAGUUGAUUUCAUACUAAAAUUCUUCAUUUAUAUUUCAUUAUUAUUAAAUAUUUAUAUCAUUAAAUCUAUUCCUAUUCAUGAAGCGAAUGUAUUUUAUGUAAAUGAUGAUACAAAUGAAGGUCAACGAAUAGGUCGUAUUACACAUUUCAAUAAUAAUAAUAAUAAUAAUCAACCUAUCAAUUUUAAAACGGAUCAUUUCAAAGCUGUCAUUGUACGUGGUAAUCGUCCACCAGCUAUUUAUUUUCGUUUAGAUGAAAAUACUGGUGAUUUAUAUACACGUACUAUUAUUGAUCGUGAAGUAUUAUGUUUAAAACAAUAUCAAAUCAAUAAAAAUUUAAAUAAUAUACAAACUAAUUUAAAUAUUGAUUAUUCUCAAAUCAAUUAUCAAUAUAGAUCAAUAUUAUCAUCAAAUUCAAAAAUUGUAGAUCAAUGUAAAUUUACAUUUCAAAUAGCAUUACAUCGUAGAUUUAUAUCUCAACAAUUAAAAAAUGAUCAUACAAUAGAAUCGAAUUAUCCUUAUUUACCAGAAUUUAUUGAUAUUCAUAUUAUAAUUAUUGAUCGUAAUGAUCAUAUUCCUACAUUUCAACCACAUUCAAUGAUUAAUUUAUCAAUACCAGAAUCAGUUCCAAUUGGUACACGUAUACAAUUACCAUUAGCAUAUGAUCCAGAUUCACCAGAAUUUAGUAUACAACGUUAUGAAUUAUAUCCUAUCACUAUAACUGAUUUUACAUUAUAUAUAGAAACAAAAGAUAUUCUAUAUAAUACAAAUAUAAUACAAGAAAUAACUGGAUUAUAUUUAGAAGUUAAAACAAUACUUGAUCGUGAAUUAUGUGAUCAUUAUAUACUUGAAGUGAAAGCAUAUGAUUCAUCAUCAAUAACAAAUACAAUAAUUUCAUCAUCAAUCAAUGAUAAUCGUAAUAUCUUAAAAAUAUAUUUAACUAUUGAAGAUAUUAAUGAUAAUGGACCAAUAUUUCAACCUCAAACUAAUAUCACACAAAUGGAAUCAUCUACUGAUAAUAUACCUAUUUCAGUAAUAUCAUCAUUAACAUCAAUACAAUCAACAAAUAUAUUAUGUUAUAAAGUUGAAGUGAUUGAAUCAAGCUGGAUUAAAUCUCCUAUCUUAAAAUUGAUUACAAAAGAUUUAGAUAGCGCGAAGUAUUCAUUAACAAAAUAUGAAUUUGCUACAAAUACCGAAUAUAUAAUAAAACAAUUAUUUAAAUUAAAUGAACAUACUGGUGAAUUAUAUUUAAAACAACCAUUAGAUUAUGAAAAACAUACUAGUUAUACAUUUGAUGUAUUAGCUAUUGAUAGUGAAUAUGAUCGUCGUAGUAAAUUAGAUAAUAAUCUACAAUUAGUGAAUUCUCGUAUACAAAAUAAUAUUUUUACAUCUACAGCAAAUAUCAUUGUCAAUGUAUUAGAUAUUAAUGAUGAAAUACCUAUAAUUGAAUUAGAUUAUUUAAGAAUAGAUGAAACAACUGGUAGACCAGCUACAUUUGCACGUAUUGAAGAGAAUAAUGAUCCACCACAAUUUAUAGCGGAUAUUUUAGUUACUGAUCGUGAUGCUAAUGCCUUGAAUAGUCAUGUCAUUUGUACAUUAGUAAAUAAAUCAAAUAGAAUACACAAUAAUAAUAAUAAUAAUAAAACAGAUACAAUCAAUACAUCAUUUCAAUUAACUGAAGUAAAACGUCAACCCGGUCUAGUACAAUAUAAUAUGUUAACUGUAAAUAGUUUAGAUAGAGAAAUAAAUGGUGCAAUUCUUCGUAUAAAAAUUCAAUGUACUGAUUCUGGUGAAAUAAAAAAAACAUCUGAAGUUGAUAUUAUUAUACAUAUUAUAGAUGUAAAUGAUAAUAGUCCAUCAAUACAACUUAUAUCAAAAAAUUUACAUACAAUACCAAAUUCUAAUGAUAAUUUUAUUCAUUUAAAAGAAAAUACACCAACUGGUACAAUAAUUGCUUAUUUUAAUAUAACUGAUAUAGAUUAUGGUGAGAAUAGUCGUACAACAUGUAAACUUUUAUCAAUUAUAAAUGAUCCAUUAUUAUCAUUGAAUAUUCAUGAAUAUUUUCAUAUUGAUCCAAUAACAUGUAAUUUAAUAAUACAAAAACCAAUUGAUCGUGAAUUCACUUAUCCACCAUUAAAUAUAAUUGAUUUAAUUAUUGAAAUUCAUGAUCAUGGUCAACCAAUACAUAAAUCAACUAUAAAUAUAAAAUUAAAAAUUAUUAAUGAAAAUGAUAAUAAACCAUUAUUUCAACAUAAAUUUUAUCAAUUUAAUAUUAAAGAAAAUUUACCAAUUGGUGUUAAUGUUGGUCAAUUAAUUAUUACUGAUUUAGAUGGAGAUUAUGAUCAAUUAAUUGUUAAAUUACAUAAACAAGAACAAUUACCAUUUCAAUUAUGGAAAUCAACUAUCUCUUCAUCAUCAUCAUCAUCCUCCUCCUCCUCAUCAUCAUCAUCAUCAUCGAUUAUUAAUCAAUAUGAACCAAAUGUUAUGAUAUAUUAUUUAAAUACAACUAAAAUACUUGAUCGUGAAGAAAAAUCAAUUUAUGAAUUUGAUGUUUAUGCAAAUGAUUUAAUCAAUGAUAAUAAUCAAUUAUAUAAUCAAUAUAAAUUAUCAAUCAAUAAUAAUAAUAAUGAUAAUCAUAAAACAAGUACAACAGUAUUAGUUACAAUUGAAGAUGAAAAUGAUAAUGAUCCAAUAAUAAUAUUUCCACAACAAUCAGAUAAAAUAUUUAUUCUAUCAAAUUUAGAAAAAAAAUAUUAUCAAUUAAUGACAGUCAAUGUAAAUGAUAAAGAUUCUACAUCAAAUACAUUUAUAUUUAUGUUAGAACAAGAAGAUUACAUAAAAAUCAAUAAUAAUAAUAAUAAUAAUACAUUAAAAAAUAGUCAAUCAAAUGAAAUCGAUAUCGAUCAUCCUAAAUCAUUAGAUCCAAUCAAUCAAUUACCAAUCAAUUCAUUUUUAGAUAUUGAUCGUAGUUUAGGUAAUAUAUAUUUAAAUAGAGAUUUACAACAAAAUGAUACAGUAUAA